AAUAGUACAGAAUCUUUGGUAGUGCAAAAAGCAAUAGAGAAAAAGAACACUCGCUAUUUACCUUCCAAAUUAAGGAUGGCCAAGACUGAAUUUACUCUUAAUUCUACGCCAGAAUUUUGUUCUCGAACAUUUUUUUCAAUGGACAGUAAGCUUUCUAAAUAUGGUUAUUAUAACUUUGAGAUACCAGCCUUUUCAAAGAAUAGCAAGCUCUUCCAAAGAUUAACGGAAAAACUGGAAUUUCUAAAGUCUGCUCAUCGAAAAAACAAGAAGUCUGAUGAAGCUGUUGAUAAUGAAAAUGUAGAAGUUGAUGUUAUGAUGCGAGAUGAUGAUUUACCGGAUACUCCGCCUGAUACUGAUUUUCUUCCAUCUCAUAUUGAUGAUGCUGAUAUUAGAAUUGAAAAUUGUCCAGAGAAUAAUCUUUCAGAAGCCCCUGAAGUUGCUUUAAAUCCUGAGUUUCCCACAGAAGAAAAUCCUCUUGCUGAAGAACCUCCUCAAAAAAGUUUAAGAGAAUUAGCUCAAGAACAGUUUGAUCUCUGUUCCAAAGAACUGCAGAAAUUUUCAAUAACAACUGAGCUGUCAGAAGCUGCUCGAGAAUGGGAAGAAAGUAUAGUACCUUUCUUAGAGGAACAGGAGAAAAGAGAAAAUUUUGAUAUUGAUGUUUAUGGUUCUCGCAUUUUAAAUGCCUUUGAAGACAACAACAGGAAACAGUCCAUGUAUUUCAGACACUUCUGUAAAAAUAUGCAAAAAUGGGAAAUACAUCGUUAUUUUAUGGCUCUUCUCCCACUUGCAAAUAUUGGCAAUGUAGCUAUUGACAAAGAACGCAGGGAAGAUGGAAGUGAUGAUAUCAUAGUGACAUUGCUUUCAAGAAAGAUGCAUCAUAAAGAACUUGAAGAAUUUGGACAUAGUGAAGGCAGUCACCCUUAAAUAUAACUACCUCUUAUAGUGAACUGUGACUUUGCAACCAUUGUAAUUAUGCUUCAUAUUUGUAUAUCAUUGCUAUUUAAUAUAACACUUUUGCAUUUUAACUCAUUUCUCAAGGUAUAUGAGAAAUUCAUGUUUUGUUGAUAAUUGAUGUAAUGAGUACAUAUAAAUCAUCCACAUUUAUCAUAUUUUAAUUUUAUUAUUUUGUAAAUAUUUGACUGUUUUGCCAUGUUUUUAAUUAAUGGUAUUGAAAUAAUUCAGUGUCCUAGAAUGGAAAUGUAUAUUGUUUUACUCUCAUGUUCUAGUGUGUUCGGAAAUUAUACAAAUUGUUUUUUUUUUUUUUUUUUUUUUUUUUUUUUUCUUUUCUUUUUAAUUUGCUACUACUUUGUGAAAGCAAGAUUUGAUAAUCUAAGAAGUUAUUUUUACCAUCCUUCUUAAUUUCUAAUAAAUGGAAAACAUAUAAAUAUUCUAUGCAUAAUGUUUAGUUGAAUUUAAAAUGAAUUAAAAACAUGCCUUGUGUUUCUAUAGGUGCCGGUCAUCUGUUGUAGUUAUUUUUGUCUUGUUAUCUCAAUAAAUCACUUAUUUUAUAUUGUAAUGUAUAUGGGUUUUUUAUAUUAUCAAACUAAUAAUUGGUUAUACAAUAAAAUAAUUUCAUUACUUUUUCAUACAGUUUCAUUUUUUUUAAUAAUGAAAUCUAAAAAGAGAUUGUACUCUUAUUUUGUUUUCCUGUGUUCCCGUUUGUAAAUAAUUGCACAGUUUCUAUCUGAGAGGGUAGAAUUUUAACAUGUUAAUAAUAUAUGUAUAGCAUAUCAGUAAUUAAACUUUAUUUCUAAUUAGUGUUACAUUUAAAAUUUUGCUUUAAUUUUUUCCAUAAAUGUAUUUUAAUGCGUGGAGUUUUAACUUAAUUUUAUAGAUUAGCAUAAUUGUAGGUUCCCCCUUCCCCGAGUCAGAACUGAAAAUCUAUCAUGUAUGUUGGCAAAGUAACUUACCAUGUAAAGUUUUUUUAAUAUAAAACAAUCAAUUUUCAGGGGACAAAAGUGUUUGAGUUGAAAACAACAAAGUUUGAAUGCUUUUUGAAAUCUUCAAAAUUCAGUGGAUCUCCAAGUAUAUUGAUUAAUCUGUAUCAGGAAUUUUUUUCCUGCCCUGUAGGCCAAAUACAUAUUUAUACUGUGUUACAAGUUAAUAAUAAUUUUGAAAAAAAAAAAAAAGUUAUUUCAAUUUGAGUCUUUUGAAAAUUUCUGAGGUGUUAUAUGAGAUUACAGUAUUAUGCUUUCAUUUGCAUAUUACCAGUGUUCUAAUUUAAUUUUAACAAUCUGCUUGAAUUUAAUGUGAUGCCUCAUACCCAUAGAUCACAAGUGACCAGCUGCUUUAUCAGAUACAUAUACUUUUCAAUUUAAUUUUAUUUUUGAAAUAUAUUUAGUUAUUGCAUUUUCUCGCACCAGGGCCCUAAGGAUUGCUUGCUAAGGACAUUUUGAUGGUCACCUGUGAUUUAAUUUUGAUAAUAUACUACUUACAUAAUAUAACUGAAGAUUUAUAAACAUUUGCAUGUUGUAAUCAGUCAAAAGGUAUGUCUAAUGCCCUGGAUUAUGUAUCUGAUAUAGAAUCAUUUGAUUUGCUUUUAAUUUAAUUAUUAUCAUGAUACUUUAAUAUAGAUUUUGCAAUCAAAUAAAAUGUUUCUAUUUCUUUAAAAGAAAACCCUUUUUUAAACAAAAUUAAGCUAUGAAAUCAUGUAUUUAUUGGUUAAACACACAGUGUAUUUCUAAUUCAGUUUAAAUAAAACAAUCUAAUUGAUUUUUAUUCUUGUAAACCAUAAAAGUGUAUGCAUAAUUUAUAUAUAUAUGUAUGUACUAGGACUACACAAUUCUUUUUAUUUUCAUACUUAAAGGUAUUGCUCCUUGAUCAUUCAUAUUUGCCAACUGUAAUAAAGAUGUUUCAUGUA